AAGUGAUAAUCCUUUCAAAUAAUCUUAUCAGAAAAUCUUUAAUUAAUAUGGGAAUUUUUGCUAAAGAAGAAGAUAAGCCAUCGCUUCCUCCAAACAAGGUUAAGAGAAAGGAAUGUUGGGAAAAAAGAGAUCUUUUUUUUGAAUGUCUCACUGCCAAUAAUAUCGAUAAUUCUUUAGAUCCAAAGCAAGAGAACAAGGUUAAAUCCGAAUGUGGCGCUCUUAGAACUGAAUUUGAAAAUAAGUGUGUGGCCAGUUGGUUCAAGUACUUCCAGGAGAAGAGAUACAGUGACUUGAUCCGCCAAAGAUACAUUGCAAAGCUUGAAUCGGAGGGCGCUCAACCAUUGCCAUUUAAGCUUGGUUCUAGAUAGGUCUAUAAGUUCAUCGAUCUUUUGCUCUAUUCUAUCUUGUAUAUAUUUAAAAUGAACGGUUU